AUGGAGUCAUUGACUAGGGUGAGGCGCCAGGAAAGAGCGUUCAAACCACGUUGGGAUGCGGAGGUUACAAGGAAGGAUCGGUUAUGGAAGGAGGAUGCUCAGGGCGGUGAGCAUGCAAGUUGUUCUUUUUUCUUCACGGAGUUUCCAGACAGUCAUGGAGCAAAGGAGCUAUACAACUUAUUCAGAGAUUUCGGGGCGGUUGAUGAGGUGGUUAUUCCUCCAAAGCGUGAUGUGAGAGGGAAGAGAUAUGGUUUCGUGAGAUUUUUCAAUGUGAAGGAACUAGAGAGAUUGGCAUUAAAACUAGACAAUAUAUUUAUCGAGGGAAGAAAGAUUCAUGCAAAUCUACCAAAGUAUGCAAGGGCAGGUGAUAGAAGGAGUAAGGUUGUGGGAGGUAAUGGUGGUCUGGGGUUGGAAUCACUGGGUGUUGAGGAUAAGGCUAGGAGGGAGAAGGGUCAGAAUCAAAAAGCUCAAGUUUUUGAGAGGAGGAUGGCAGCUGAGGGAAACCGUUCGUUUGCUCAGGUGGUAGCGAAUAAAGGGAAGAAACCAAAUUUCGCUCACAUGGAGUUCAAUAUUGGGGAGGAUCAGCUAGCCAGGUUUGAAAAAUCCUACAUUGAAGUGGUGGAGACUCCAGGUAUGACUUACAAUAUGCAGGAAUACUUCAAUAUGGAGGGGUAUUUUUCGGUUAAGGUCACUCCUAUUGGUGCAAACAAAUGCCUUUUAGAAGAAAGGGAGGAAGGGGAGUUGGAGUUCUUAGUAAGGGAGGCAAAGGAUUGGUUGAGUCAAUGGUUUAAGGAAAUCAGAAAAUGGAGUCCAAAAGAGGUGGAUAACGAAAGAGUUACUUGGCUUAGUUGUUAUGGCAUCCCCUGUCAUGUUUGGUGUCCGGAAUUCUUUCAGUUCUUGGUAUCUCCAGUGGGAACAUACAUGUGUUCCGACGAUGAAACUCAUAAUCUUGAAAAAUUUGAUGUAGCCAGGGUUAUGGUUAGAACGAAAUACAAUAUUGUCCUAAACGAGACCUUCAAUAUUGGGGUGAACGGCAGUUUCUUUUCAAUCAAGAUUGUUGAGGACUCUCAAGGUCCGAUUAGGAUUGUUAUGCCAUAA